AAACGACUACGUUGAGUGUCGUUUAAUGCGCCUUCUAAACAAAGAAAAAUUCGAGGGAAGUGAAGCAGCAACAAAGCAGAGAGAGAGAGAGAGAGCAAAUGGGUGAAACAAUAGGCUUCAAAAAUCUGCACAGCAGAGAAUUCCAGGGACACAAGAAGAAGGUGCAUUCAGUGGCAUGGAACUGCAGUGGGACGAAGCUUGCUUCAGGUUCAGUAGAUCAAACAGCUCGUAUUUGUCAAAUUGAACCUCAUGGUCAUGGUAAGGUGAAAGAUGUUGAAUUAAAGGGUCACACUGACAGUGUGGACCAGUUAUGCUGGGAUCCCAAACAUGCAGAAUUGAUAGCUACAGCAUCUGGUGACAAGACAGUUCGAUUAUGGGAUGCUCGUAAUGGGAAAUGCUCACAGCAAGUUGAGCUCAGUGGGGAAAAUAUCAAUAUCACAUACAAGCCUGAUGGGACACAUAUAGCUGUUGGGAACAGGGAUGAUGAGCUAACAAUAUUGGAUGUUCGCAAGUUUAAGCCUAUUCAUAAGCGUAAAUUUAAUUAUGAGGUAAAUGAGAUUGCAUGGAACUUGGGUGGCGAUAUGUUCUUUCUUACAACUGGAAAUGGAACCGUGGAAGUCUUAGCUUAUCCGUCUCUACAAGCCGUUAACACGCUUAAUGCUCACACUGCUGGUUGUUACUGCAUUGCUAUUGAUCCACUAGGGAGAUAUUUCGCUGUUGGAAGUGCUGAUUCAUUGGUGAGCCUCUGGAGCAUUAAGGAUAUGCUAUGUAUUCGAACAUUUACAAAACUCGAGUGGCCAGUUCGGACAAUAAGUUUCAAUCACACAGGAGAAUACAUUGCCUCUGCUAGUGAAGAUCUAUUUAUUGAUAUCGCUAAUGUCCAAACUGGACGAUCAGUUCACCAGAUUCCAUGUCGUGCUCCAAUGAACAGCGUGGAAUGGAAUCCAAAACACAACUUGCUUGCCUAUGCUGGGGAUGAUAAGAACAAGUACUCAGCUGAUGAAGGUGUGUUCCGCAUAUUUGGCUUCGAGAGUGCAUAAAGCGCCCAAAGGUCACUUCUUAUACAUAUUAAAAAAAAAAAAAAAAUCCUUAAAAAGGUCUUUGUAAUCUAAGAACAGAACAACUUUCCUCACAUGGUAAUCCAGACUCAAAUAGUACUGUACUGCAUGUUGGAAAAUUCUGUACACAUUAUUAUGAAAGAGAUUACAACUCGGGUAGUGUUUUCAUGUUA